GUUUUCCCUUUUUUUUUUAUUCUACUCCAUGCAAAUGUCUCUACCCUGGACCUCCCAUUUAGAUCUUUUUGGAAGCCCUGAAUGUGAUUAUCAUGCCCAAGUUACUAUAGGGUCCACACUUAUGAAUCUUGUUUUAGACACAGGUUCGUCCAAUACAGCAGUAAUUUCUGAUUUGUGUCAAGAUAAUUGCUCGUUUGUGAAGAAACCUUAUUUACCUGUUCCAAAUAUAAACGAUUUUGAUUCCGUCAAUGCUAGUUAUGGAAACGCCAAGCUUCGCUCAGCUUGGAAAGGAUUUGCAACAAAACAACUGGUGACAUUUGAAGGAGUCGAGCAAACGUUUUCCCGCAUUGAUGCCAUUACCGAAAACCAAUCAUUCUUCAUACCACGCUGCUCAGAGAACCAAGGUAUUUGGGGUUUAGCAUACCCGUCACUUCUGACAAAACCAACUAGUCAAUUUAGCCAAGAGCCCUUAUUUGAUGCUAUACGAAAAGAAAAGGCCUUACCGAAUGCAUUCACAUAUCAAAUCUGUCCAAAAUCAGCUGUUGAUUCUACAUUUGCACACGAAAUUAAUUUCCUAAGUCAGAAUGUAUUAAUUCGAAACAUGAGUAGCAAAACAAUUCAAAAAGAGUGUUUACGUGAUGGUCAUUUUUGGUUAGGUGGGUACCCAAGCCAUUCAGUUGCAAGUGAAAUUGUUUGGGUACCGUUAUCACAUCAGCGUUACUAUCAAGUCAAAAUCGAAAGUUUCCUAGUAAAUAAUGAAACCGUUGGUAUGGAAGAUAUUAAUAUGCCAAGAACUAUUGUCGAUACCGGUACUAAAGAUAUUGUUUUAAGUCCACAAAAUUUGCAAAAGUUAUUAAAUGCACUGUGGCAUUCUAAAUUGGUUCAGUUUGACCCUGUUGUUUCAAAAGAGCAUGAAAAAUCAUUUUGGUUUGAUCAUGCACGAUUGACUAUUCCCCGAAAUGCAAUUACCAUUGCGCAUAAUGUAUCUCUUCAAAUAGAGUUUGAGGAUAAUAACCGUGUUUCCAUACCAAUCGAAAAUAUACUUAAUAUUAAGCCCUUUGGUCAAGACUGGGUCAACAUAAGCUGGACAGGAUUUUCAAAUAGUGAUGGUAAAAUGGCUUCAACCAUACUAGGUAACACAUUAUUAAGAGGAAAAACUGUAAUUUUUGAUAGAGGAGACAAGAGCAGGGUAGGAUUUGCUGAUGCAUUUGCCUGUUGCGACCCUUCUUCAGGUCAAGAUGUAAAUGUUUUACUCUCUGUUGAUAACUCAAGUAGCAGCAUCCAAUUGAUACAAGAUCGUCAUGAAAAUACAAUACAGAUUUUUUUAUUAGCACUUGUUGGGGUGUCUACUCUUGUAUUUAUCUCGACUUUGGCCCUUGUGAUCUCCAAUCGUUAUCGGAAGACUGUAACCGAAAAGAUUGUCGGUAUCUAAACUGCACUUCAUCUUUCUCACUCACGCAGCAUACUACAAUUUUAAAACGCGUCCCCUUGAUUUUGCUUUCUCAUACUUUCUUUUCUACUUCGAUUAAAGCAUUGCAUGCCACCUAAUUUAUUAAAGUCUAUGUCUCAUAUUUUGUCCCCUGCUUCUCCUUUUAAAUUGGCUCUUAUCCAACUGGGUAAUGUCGGUGCUGACAAAGCCAAGAAUUUGGUACACACCCAUAAAAAGAUUCUCGAGGCUGCUAGCAAUGGUGCUCAAGUCGUCGUUUUACCUGAAUGUUUCAAUUCACCUUAUGGAACAAACUUUUUUCCACAGUAUGCCGAGCCCUUGAAUGGAGAAUCCGUCGCCAUGUUAUCUGCAGCAGCCAAGGUAAGUUUCAACGGCAGCCUG